CGGCGCUCUCUCCGCGGCCGCUUCCUCCAUCCUGGUAUUUUCGGAGCCUCCAUCCUGGUUCUUCCCAAGUGCCCGGACCCAAAACAGGAAAGUGCUGCGGAGAUAGGAGCACAGGGAGAAAUGAUCUGGGUAACAUGAAAGUAAUGCUGCUGGCCGACGGACGGCGGCCUGGUGCUGAGGGAAGGGCUGCAGCUGGUCCCAUCUUUGUCCAGAUUUGAGUAUGAGCACAGAGGAAGAGGACUCUGACACAGUGACAGUUGAGACUGUGAACUCUGUGACGCUGACACGGGACACUGACGGGAACCUCAUCUUCCACUGUCCUCGGCAUGCUGACGAGUUAGAUUCAGAGGACAGCACCGACCCUCCGCACAAGAGGCUGUGCUUGUCAUCGGAGGAUGACCAGAGCAUCGAUGACUCUGCACCUUGCAUAUCAGUUGUUGCACUCCCACUUUCAGAAAAUGAUCAGAGCUUUGAGGUGACCAUGACUGCAACCACAGAGGUGGCAGAUGAUGAGAUUUCUGAGGGAACUGUGACACAGAUCCAGAUUUUGCAGAACGAGCAACUAGAUGAAAUCUCUUCCUUGGGCAAUGAGGAAGUUUCAGCAGUUAGCCAAGCGUGGUUUACAACUAAAGAAGAUAAGGAUUCUCUAACUAACAAAGGGCAUAAAUGGAAGCAGGGGAUGUGGUCCAAGGAAGAAAUAGAUAUUUUGAUGAACAAUAUUGAGCGCUAUCUAAAGGCACGCGGAAUAAAAGAUGCUACAGAAAUCAUCUUUGAGAUGUCAAAAGACGAAAGAAAAGAUUUCUACAGGACUAUAGCAUGGGGUCUGAACCGGCCUUUGUUUGCAGUUUAUAGAAGAGUGCUUCGCAUGUAUGAUGACAGAAACCAUGUGGGAAAAUAUACACCUGAAGAAAUUGAGAAGCUGAAGGAGCUCCGGAUAAAGCAUGGCAACGACUGGGCCACAAUAGGGGCGGCGCUCGGGAGAAGCGCGUCUUCCGUCAAAGACCGGUGCCGGCUGAUGAAGGACACUUGCAACACAGGGAAGUGGACAGAAGAGGAGGAAAAGAGGCUUGCGGAGGUGGUUCAUGAGCUGACGAGCACUGAGCCUGGUGACACUGUCACGCAGGGUGUGUCCUGGGCUGCAGUAGCAGAGCGGGUGGGUACCCGCUCAGAGAAGCAGUGUCGUUCUAAGUGGCUCAAUUACCUGAACUGGAAGCAGAGUGGGGGCACGGAGUGGACCAAAGAAGAUGAGAUCAACCUUAUCCUCAGGGUAGCAGAGCUUGAUGUAGCUGAUGAAAAUGACAUAAACUGGGAUCUGUUAGCUGAGGGAUGGAGCAGCGUCCGUUCACCACAGUGGCUUCGAAGUAAAUGGUGGACCAUCAAAAGGCAGAUUGCAAACCAUAAAGAUGUUUCAUUCCCUGUCUUAAUAAAAGGUCUGAAACAGUUACAUGAGAACCAAAAAAACAACCCAGCGCUGCUGGAGAAUAAGUCAGGACCUGGAGUUGCCAACAGUAAUUCCAGUUCCAGUGUUCAGCAUGUUCAGAUCCGAGUGGCCCGCUUGGAAGAGAACACAGCCGUCCCCCCCAGCCCCAUGGCCGCGUUGCAGAUCCCAGUCCAGAUCACCCAUGUCUCUUCAGCAGAGGCCCCUGCUGCUCCUGUUGACUCAGAAACACUAACCCUAAACAGCGGAACACUACAGGCAUUUGAGAUUCUUCCAUCUUUCCAUCUGCAGCCCACGGGCACACCUGGAACAUACCUACUUCAGACGAGCUCAAGCCAAGGGCUUCCUCUGACUCUGGCUGCCAGCCCCACUGUAACCCUGACAGCUGCCGCUCCUGCUUCUCCUGAGCAGAUCAUCGUUCAUGCUUUAUCCCCAGAACAUCUGUUGAACACCAGUGACAAUGUCACAGUGCAGUGCCACACUCCUAGAGUCAUCAUCCAGACUGUUGCUACGGAAGACCUCUCUUCUUCAUUAUCCCAGGCAGAGCUCUCAGUAGAUGGUGACAUGCAGUCUUCUGAUUUUCCUGAUGCACUGGAAGCAGACACUUUCCCAGAUGAGAUUCAUCAGCCUAAGAUGACACUAGUACCAUCAUAUAAUGAUGCUCAUGUGUCCAAAUUCAGUGACCAAAAUAGCACAGAACUGAUGAACAGUGUUAUGGUCAGAACAGAAGAAGAGAUCUCGGACUCUGACCUUAAGCAAGAAGGGUCCCCCUCUGAUUUGACCAGUGCUUAUGUUACUGAGGAUUUAGAGUCUCCCACCAUAGUAGAACAAGUUGAUCAAACAACAAUUGAUGAUGAAACAAUACUUAUCGUCCCUUCACCACAUGGCUUUAUCCAGGCGUCUGAUGUUAUAGAUGCUGAAUCUGUCUUGCCUUUGACAACACUAACAGAUCCCAUCCUGCAACACCAGGUAGAGUCACACAUCAUUGGAUCCUCUUUGGGCAGUCCCGUUUCUGAAGACUCAAAGGAUGUUGAGGACUUGGUGAACUGCCAUUAGGUAUUCUUAGAUACAGGUAGUUCAGCGAAGAAGCCACACUGUUCAUUACAGCGUCUCCAAAGAAGGAGCAGCCCCCAGGAGGCUCACUGUCAUUUGCUGGCUUCUGAUCAGCUGCUGUGCUUAGCUGUGUACCCUUUUGCUGCUACGACUUUUACCUCUGUUGUGUCCACCGAGUGAGGUUCUAUGUACGACCUGUGUGACCAAGUGGAGUAUGGAUCCCAUGGUUUGUGCUACUUGCAGAAGGGAAUCUCAUUCUCCACAGCUCCUGGCAAGUUCUCCGUGUCACCAAAGCUAACUUUAUCUCUACAGAUCAGACACGGCAUUCUCCAUCUGGAGCAGGCCGGGGUACAUUUUAGGGACAUCCUAUCAGCACAGCCUAGAGCUUAUCCUUGACCUUCAGAAAGAUUACUUGACCAGUAUACAGUGAGACCUAGGAGGAGACUGGUGGUUACUUCUGGUUAACCCACUGUUGGCAGGGGACACUGAUGCGGCAGCGUGAAGAGGAGUGCACUGUAAAGCUCUGGGAACUCGCUCCAGGCCUUAAGGCUUCCACUGAGCAUGUGGGCCCGAGGAGUAACAACCUACCAGCAGCUGAGCAUCUUUGCCCCUUUAGUUUACAGACUUAGCACUUUGAAGUAACAUUAGCUGUGCUUGCUUCGGCAGCACAUGCACUGAAGGAACACUGAACCAAACGAAGAGAGCAGUAACGUUGCCUGUCCCUGAUGCCAGGAACCUUUCUGACACAUUUGCUGUAUAAAUUGCCUAGAACAUGGAUAAAGGGGUUGAGAGUUUCCCAUUCACUCAGUGCAUUUGCUGAGUGAAUAUAACUUCUCCUCUUGGGCAGUUCUAAAAAACAGAAUUUGCUUCUGUAACAAAA